GUGACGUCAGUUUGAUGAUGUCACAAUCAACACUAAUAUGGCGGACGCUGGGAGUGCAAACGAUGAUGAAAACGAGUCCUCUGUCUUUGAAAUUACUGAUUUCACGACAGCGUCUGACUGGGAAAGGUUUGUCUGUCAAAUUGAGGAGGUAUUACAUAAAUGGAAACUUGACAACAGCAAGAAGAAAGCUUCUUUUUUACAGAGGGUGCGUAGCCUUUCAACAUCCAACAAGAAAGUUAACUUAAAGUUCAUGCCAAAGACUAAUAAUGAUGAGUGUAAAUACACAAGCUGGGAGAUCUUGUCGGAAACUGUUCAUUUCUCUGACUUCUGCUUUGAUUUAUCUUAUCAUUGUAUGAAACCACGAUCACAGCGAAGGGAUGAAAAUUCUGAUAUUGAAGAAGGUCUGCCAAAUGCUGUUUUGGAUAUGUGUGACCUGGAUAGCGAUUUUCCACCGCGGGUUCAUUGUCUUAGUCGAUGGUUUGGAUUGAAGGAGUUUCUCGUUUUGUCACCUUCAGUCGAAAAUGCUGCCAUCACAAGUGAAUCGAGAUGUCAUCUUCUCUUGAGCUCUAUUUCAAUGGCUCUAUCCAACUCGAAAUGUUACGUUCCACUUUUGGUUCAGCUGCACGAGAAAUGGCGACGACUUUAUCGCGGUAUUUGUCUCGGCAGUGGUUUUCGUACGAUGCUUGAAAUGGUCCAUUUACGUCGUGUUCCCAAACAAUUCAACCAUCUUAAAGGAUUGCUGGACGUAUUUAAAGAUAAAUUCGCUCUCCGUGGCACAAAUCCUCCUGCAAUCGUAAUUUCCAUCAGAUUUACAUAUUUUCUUAAUGAAUGGAGUGACAGCUGCUGGCCUCAGGCUCCACCAGAUUUUGAUUCGUAUUUAGGUGAUGAAGUUGGACUUUGUGAUCUGGAAACUCUUCCUUUUGGAACAUCACAGGAUGCUGUGAGUGAACUGCAUUUAUCAGCGUCGUGGCCAUGUUUAUCGGAAGAUGUCAUUCUUGACAAUGCCAUUUAUUCUGACCUAGAUCCUAUGCAAGCACCGCAAUGGCAUGUACGUGUAAGGAUGACAGAGGAUGCUGGUUGUCUUCUGGGUGAAUACUUGUCGCAAUAUCUGGAAUUAUGUCGUCGGAAAGACACCACGUCCGCUUUGCUGAAGCAAAAUAAUUUUCUUGAGGAUUGUGAUGACACAAGCAAAGACUUCUCUCGUGCGUUUCAAAGACUCACCAAACCAGUGCUUUCACCCAAUAUUCAGCUGGCUGUUCAUAAGGCAACAUCUAAGAUUACGGGUUCCACCAGUGAUGAAUCUCCAAUUCCAACCAAACUUCUUGAUGCUUUAGUCAAGCACCUGUUUUCUGAAAAUCAAACGGAUUGUCAUGGUAAUCAGAGUAAUCGACUAGAUCUGCGAUCAUUUACUUCUCCUGAGAAAGACCUGAGUACCGACAAGUAUCGAGGUUUGAAAGGUUCUCCAAAGGACAGUUUAACUUAUUCGUUGGCGGUUUGUUUUUGCCUUUUGAACCAUAGCUAUGGAGGAUUACGAGCCGUGGCGUAUUUAUGGCAAGUAUUUGUUCUUGAGAUGAGAUAUCGUUGGGAAAAAGGCGUUUUAUUGCCUAGACUCGAUCUUCAGACUCCGAAUCAUGAUUGUUGUUUAAUCCAUCAGAAGCUGCAGAUGCUAAACUGCUGUAUUGCUCGCAAGUGUUUGUCAAAGAAAAACACCCAAGAAGCGUUAAAACAUCAGCAGCACAUUCCUCUGCAGCAUCCAUGGAGUCGAAGUUCCCACGAUAACGUUAAUGACAGUAGUGACGAAGAGUUCUUUGAAGCCUUGGAGGAUCAAGAUGGAUCAGAUGAGGAAUCUGAAGCGUGGACAGCUACAACUGAAAUUGCGAUAAAACGCGAGGAGCGUUGAAACGUUGCGGAGAUCUUAAAUUGAUAAAAUCAGGCGAAGCACUUUACAUACCCAUAACACAGGAACCUGCACCGAUGACAGAAGACAUGUUACAAGCUCAUGCAGAUAUUCUUACACGACUAGGAACGAGUGAAGAAGGGGCGAGAAUUCGAGCUCAAAUGCAGAGCGCUUCCCUUAUGUCUGAUAUGCAAGCUUUCAAGGCAGCGAACCCCGGAUGUUUUUUGGAGGAUUUCGUUCGCUGGUAUUCGCCUAACGACUGGCUUCGAGGGGAGGAGACUGAAGAUGAGAAGAAGUUCAGCAUGGAAUUACAAAA